ACAUUGAUAUUAGGCUACAUUUAGUCGUUUAGCAGACACUGUAACUUAUAAAUGAGGUAAUAAUAGAAGCAAUUUGAGCAACACAAGAACAUUAAUAAGUGCACUAGAAUUAGUCUAACACAGUAUACAUAGCCUAGGGCUAGUAAUUUUUCACUUUUUUGACAGAGAAGGUAAAUAAAUGAUAGAAAAGAGUUUUUAGCCAAUUCUUAAAGCUACAGAGUCAGCAGAUCAUGUCGCAACCAGCAGAUCAUUUCACAGAUGUGGAACAGAUCCAGUGAAGCAAUGGUAAACGCUGUUUGGAGUCCUGAAAGGGAUGCAACUCCAGAGAUCCAGGAGAUCUGUGAUAAGAUGAAGCCAGAUGCCUGCAGUUCUGCAGGUGUGAUCUUUGCUGAUUUCACUGCCAUAAAAUACAUUUUUCAAUUUGAUAAUGAAACACAAGAAAUGAAGUACUCAAUCAGAGUGCAUGUAGCAAGUGGCAAGUACAUACAUUUGGAGGUGACUGAAUCUUCUUCAAAGGAACUGAAGUUCAUUGGUUGUCUGUACCCUUAAGAGAAAAAAGACCCUCUGCCUCAAUUUUAACACACAGACAGAUGUUCAGCAUUAAAAGCAAAAUUGUCUUCAUCUCUCUUCUACACAUAUACAUAAACCAGCGGUUUCACAUGUGUCUUUUUCUCUGAAAUAUUAUGAUAUGGUUUACAUUGAACACAACUUACUUACUUGACAUUAUUUAGAAGAUAUAUAAAAUGGAUGAACUGUUUUGCUUUAAAUCUGGAGGAAAUGAAGAGCUUUAAACUAUAUUUCAUCUGUGUUAAAACAUGCAUCAUGUCCUAAAAAUAA